AUGCCUGGCAAGCGUGCUAAUUCGGACUCUGCGACGCAGCCCCGUCAGCCCAAGAGCCCCAAGACCGAUAAGAACAGCAGCGACGCGUCAUCGCAGCCACAGCCGCGAAGCAACCGCUGGUCAAAGCCCUGCGUUUCUGCCAACCUGGACGCCGACUAUGCUGGGUUCGUGGCGAAGGACUAUGAUCGUGCCUUUUCUGCGGUUGAGGAUGAAGACGACGAAUGGGAGACAGAGGAUAGUGCAGAUGAGGAGCCUGAGGACUCAGUAGAGGAUACCAACUCGAAACCUAAAUGUGAUGGCGGCAAAAAAUGCCUUUGCAACAAACUCCCCUCAGAUCAUCCCGAAUAUCCCUGGGUGGCCACGCGCGCGGCCGUGCGGAAGGUCUCAAACCAGCACGUUCAUGCGGAUAUACGCUGCCCGGACGUUUUCAAUAUGGAAGUAUUCAAUGACUUCACAGGCUAUGCCCUUAUAGAGGUCGCGCAAAACCUGGUCCUUGAUUUCGUAGAGGCCGAAGGCGACUGGAAAGAGCAGUGGGCGGUUUGUGAGGCUGUGGGUAUCUCCAUCAUGGGCGACAUGUUCAUGCCUUUAGCCUAG